GUGUCUCGCGUUUCUGUACACGGAUACCGCGCGCUCGUCCGCCAUUUUUUAUUUGGAAUUUUCCAAUCGACUGAUUAAUUUAAUUGUCGUGCGUUUUACAAACAAAAUUGUAUCAGUUUCGCAUUUUUCGCAAGUAGCGCCAAAUAUGAAAGUCGUGCUUUCGAAAAUAGCCGAAGUAGGUUUAUAUUAUCCCAUUGAACGUAAGCGUUUUACAAAUUGUUUAUAACUGUGUAUUACACAGUCAUAUAAUAUGGGUUAGUUAAUAGACUGUGAAUGACUCUUAAGUGUGAUAAAACUUAAAUUGUGAGGGUGAUUAUGAUAUAAUUUCAAAGUGCAUUCCUAUUGUGAAAGUGAUAAAAUUUUGUGGCCACGAAUGCUGAGGCAAUAAAGUAGAUACCUACCACUAAUAACGUAUUAGCAGAACAUUCCAGGGGUGCAACACGACCAAAUAGAGAGACCAAAGCGAGAUGAUGGCUCCGCAGCAGUACUGCCUCCGGUGGAAACACCACCACACCAACGUGCAGAGCAUGUUUGCGCAGCUGCUAGAGAAAGAACGAUUCUGCGACGUGACGCUGUAUUGCUCGCCGAAUUUCGCAGCGCAAUUGUCGAACAAGGACACGGAGGCGCAGAAUGUGCGCGGGGUGUCCCUCAGGGCUCACAGAGUGGUCUUGGCGGCGUGCUCCGAGCUGCUCGGUGCGUUGCUCGGAGCGCACGAGGCUCAAGGCGAACCCGUGCUCGUAAUAGACGGCGCCGAGCCGAGGCACCUGCGCGCGCUGCUCGACUAUAUGUACACCGGCGAGAUGAACGUGCACCACUCACAGCUGGCCGGUCUCCUGAAAACCGCAGAAGAGCUCCGGAUAAAGGGAUUAUCAGACAUAAGGUGGAACAAUAAGGAUGAACCGCCCGAUUGUUCCUCAGGUGCGGUGACCACGACGCAAUCAAACAAGAACAACCGCAUCGAUAAACAUGAGGAGAGAGUGUUGAAUACAGAGCUGAAGAUGUGCAGCACGACCCUCGACACGAAGUUGGCGAGGAUCAACGCGUGCGAGGACAAGGAGGUGGUGCCUCAGGUCACUCAGGUGAAGCAGGACGAUGACAGUGUAGUGAAGGAGAAGUUUAAUUUGAAUGGAGGACCACCACCGCUGAUCAAACUGCCAACUCGCGAGACGAAAGCCAGUCCAUUGAAGAGAGACCACUCGGACACUGAGAGUCAAAGCCCCAAACGUCAAAGGCUAACGAGCGCCACAGAGCACACGGACGACGACUCGUCAGUGCACACGAUCAAAACGGAACGGGACCAGGAAUGGCGGCAUGGCAACUUAGAUAUAACGGCGGAGCGCGUGGUCGGCUGGGGUCCCGGAGAUGGCGAAGGCGAGGGCGAAGACGGCGAGUGGUCCCGAGAGGCCUCCGACGACGAGUGGGUUGACCCGCCCGCCGACAUCGGCUCCUUCCUCCACACGAAGCUGCGGGUCGACGGCGACAAUAGCGCGGAUGAAGACUCGGACGACAGCGUGCCGAUCGCCGCGUGUGCACAGGCAUCUUCCUCCUCGUCCACCACUAGCGUCACACAACAAGACCCGCUCAAACCCGUGAAGAGUUUAGGCGUGACCGACCCUCGGUUCAACGACGUGGUGAAGUUGAACGACUACUUGCGCAACGGGAGGAGACCGCAGUUCUGGGAGGAGCACUAUGUUAAGAGGGUUAUGGACGCCGUCAGACUCAAGGAGCUGGAGAUGAAGCAGGCGGCUGAGAUCCUGGGGGUGAGCUACGGGACCCUGUAUGGCAGAUACCGGGACGUCUACGGCUGCAUCAAUAGACCCUACAGUAUUGUUUCUAGAACGGUGCCCAACUACUGGCAGGGCGAAGGCCCUUCUGAAGUGCUUGACAAACUGCAACGUGGAGACAUGAGCAUCGAGAACGCGGCCCUAGCGCUCGGCGUCAACCCUUCCAAGUUGGCCGCCUAUGUGGCUGAUGGAAGCACGUAUCGGCCAGAUAAAGAUGACGCAUUCACUACGGACAUGAAAAAUCGAGCGAAGACAAAACGUGAUUUUACAUCAUACAAGGGUAAGAGAAUCUUGCCAGUGAUGGAUGAGGAUUUCACUCCGACGGCUCCGCGGGAGAAGUCACCGUUCACAUCACCGCCGCAGCCGACGCAAAGCAGUUCGUGGCCAGCAAUACGUGUGGCGAGUAUAGAGUCGCUGCGAGGAACAGACACGACGCCUUCCCCGUCGCAACUGAUGAAGACCCGACCCGACCUGACCAUCGUUGCCGCGAAACGUGACAAGUCCGACACCGACACGUGAUAACUGUCAACUGCGGUACGGCCAUUUUCUACUCACGCUUUUUUAGGACAAGACCCCUGUCCAUACAGCCACAGCCUAUGUAUAUAAAAAUACUUUUAAUAUUUUUUUUCAAACGAAAAACAAUUUUAUUUUGGAUUUCAGUUUUAUAUGUUUCUAAUGAAAUUAAUUACAUGGUCGCUCCAAAACAGCUAAACCCUCGUUGUCUUAACUCUUAACAAACAAUAAUCAACAAUUUAACAAUAAAGGGUUUUUAUAUGAUACGAUGCUUACUUAUUUAAUUUAUUGGUUAUUAAGACCGCAUUUGGUGUAUGAAAUUGUGAAUUGGCUGAAUGGCUGCGACCGAAGCUUGACGAAUAUAACUGUUUUUUUUUUUGUAUCACUACGACUUCAAUUAAAAUAGGGUAAAGCAUGCUAAUUAGGUAGGUUCCAUUUUUUAUUUUAUUUUUUAUUGUAUAAUAUCGGUAUAUAGAUAUUUUCUAUAAUGAAUUUCGGUUGAAUCUAUAUAAUUCAAUGUAAGAUAGGUUAAAUGUAUUGUAUGGGAGCCAAUAUGGCGUCUGUAGGUUACGAUGUAUAUAAAAUAACUGACCAAUUAAGUAACAGUUAGGCGUGUUAAAACUAAAUGAAUUAAUUCACGGUAUGUAUGAACAAAUUAAAGAUUUUCAUUAUUGUACAUUAUUAUGUAAGAAAUCUCAUAUUUUCAUUAUACAUCUUGAUAACUCAAAUGGCAACGUCCGCAAAUUGUUGCUAUCGGAAAAAUAUAUGGGCGGUAAAAUUAAUAUAUCGUAUGUUCUUCAUGUCAUAUUGAUAAAAUAAUGGGUGCUUAUGUACUCAUGUAAGAAAUCAUAGUUCUUUGGCAAUGCAGAACAUAUAAAUAAUAUGACUAAUUACUUGUCCCCGGAGAUAUCACGACAACGCAAAUUGUCUUGUAAAACUAUGUAUUUUGAACGAUGCGGGUCUCGAACCCACAACCUCUCGCGUUCCGUGCGAGUGCUCUGCCAACUGAUAUAACCGUUCGAGUGACGGAUCGUCAUAAAAUCUUGUAUGCUUUGUUCAACUCUCGAGCACUGGUACGGAACGCGAGAGGUCGUGGGUUCAAGUCCCGCAUCGUUCAUAAAAUUUUGUUUUCUCUCCCUUUGAAUUUUUCUUUUACUUGAUCCAUUUGAGGAUAAUGGGAGCUGUAGUAUUAUCCAUUCGCCGUACUUGAUUUCAGCACCCAAUUUCAUAUAAUAUCGACGUUAUUAUUUGAGUUGUGAGUAAGUUACGGUUUUAAGUUUGGACCAUAUAUAUAAUAUUCAAAUAGUCCGAAGAAGCUAUUGUGGAAAUUAUUCGGUAAGUGUUUAUAUGUGCUUUUGAGUGACUUUUAUAUCGAUUAUAUUGUGUGUAAGAAAAAGUUGCAAUAUCAUAUCUCAAUGUUAGAGGUGUCGUAUUUAUACUAUCUUUGCAUAAAUCUUUCAGAAAAAUAUACUGAUACCACGGACUAGUAAAAAAGAAGGACUCCGCGCCGUGAUAUUAGCAAGUGAAGCACUUUUAUGGUGUAUUAUUAUGAGUACGGUUACCAGUAUCACAAUUUUUUCUCCCAUAAUAAGUAAUUUAAGACGAUACGACAUGGGUACCUUCAAAAAAAGCGCGUACACCUUCCUUAAAGGCCGGCAACGCUCCUGUGAUUCCUCUGGUGUUGCAAGAGAUUGUGGGCGGCGGUGAUCACUUAACAACAGGUGACCCGUACGCUCGUUUGUCCUCCUAUUCCAUAAAAAAAAGACCAAUAUUAAUUUGAACUCCGAUUUUUUUAAAUUGUGAUAGAUUGUUUUACACUUUUUCACAACGCACGGCGGCAUUUUUAACUGUUCUGUCACAGACGAUGGCAAAUCACAUAAUGGGGCCGAUCGGCUUGUAUUAGUGUAAGUGUGUACGUGGGGCUAUGUAUUUACACGUUAACCGGCUUGUUUUGGUGCUUCACUGUUAUGUAAGGUGACACGAAGUCCUCCUUUUUUUUAAAUAUAUAUUUAGUUUUAUAAUAACGUGCGUAUUUUUUUUAAUCUUGCUUUUUAUUUGUUUUUGGAGGCGAAAAUACUAGGUGCCUCUAAUAUAGGGAUAGUCUAUUUUAAAAAUAAGUUUUAUUUUUAAUCGUUUCGUAAAUUUUAUUGUUAGACAUUUUUAGUGUUACACGAGUUCUGUUUACAUUUGUACAUAGAUUUAUUUACUCAUUUGUCAAAUCAUGUCAAACGACUGAUGUAUAGGCGAAUAGAUCGAUAUAGGUUUUUGCAAGAUGUAAUAUAAAAAUACUAUAAAAUUUAUCUAUAUAUGGCAUGCUAUCGUAUAAAUAUAAUGUGUUAAGAUUCUUGACAGUUGACGUAAAGAAUGAAGCUGCCUUGCGUCAAUAAUCAAAUUGACAGCUGUCAGAACUGCAAGUGUAUUGAUAUUUUCGAAUGUAGUUUUUAUUUAGGUUAGUUUAAAUGCUUUUUCUUUUAAAUAUGUAAAGGCAUAACGUGUAAUGGAGAAUAAGGCAUAUGUGGAGUUAUGUUAGCGUCUAUGUUUCUUCUUUAUUUUGUGUCAGAAAACAAUAAUAACCUUUACGACAUGUAGGGUAAGAGUAGAAAAGCGUGAGCGACGUGAAUCUGCUUACUAUUAAAGUAUUUGUAAACAGUACAGAUGGGCGAUUUAUUGAAAAAAAAAAAAACAUACAACUCUGUUUCCACUCACGCCGCAGGCUGACACUCGGCAUGUUUUCCUUAUUUAUAAUUUAUUUAGUUAUUAAUAUAUCAAUUGAACUAUGUAUUUACAUUAUUAUAUUGUAAAUUAUAUUUAAUUAAGGUGUUGAUUUAAAUAAUAAAUUUUGCAAGCGCUAUAUAAAAAAAUCAAGAACGGGACGUCAGAGGAAGAUGUAUAUGAAAUGAAUUAAAUUAGAGAUCUAUGAAAUUUCAGAUUAGGGUUCUUUAUUAGUUUGAAUUUUUUAUAUAUUUUUUUUAAUUAUUAUUUAUUGAUAAUGGCUUUGUAUUCGAUGGCCUAUAGUAAAAAAAAGUGUAUUGUAACAAACAUUAUAAUGAGCACUUAUAGAAUAAGGCAUAUACAUAAUUAUAUUUUUUCUGAUAAGUGGCCGUUAUUGGGUAAGUUUACCCUUGGCAUUUCCAUACAGAUUGGUAAGAAAUAUACAAAGUAUUAUUUAAAUAUGUUAAGAACGUUUAUAAAUUGACCGGCUAUCUCCGAUACCUAGAUAUAUACUCAAAAUGAUAGAGUAAGAGUUUUUUUUUUAAUUUAGUUAGUGUAGACAACGUUCGUCGUUAUACAGCCGAGCCUAUCACAUAGCCAAUCUAUUAGCAGAUAUUUUUGUAAUGUAACCUGCGUGGAUGCAAUUAUUUGUGUAAGUAUUUUUUUUUAAUCACUAUCUCGAUUUUUAUUUUCCAUUUGUGAAAAAUCCAUCUGACUAACUAUACUUCCCACCCCAUUCGUGAGCGUCAGAAUGACAGCAUAUAUUUUAGGUUCUCUUUAUAUGUAUAUAAUAUAUAUAAUUUUUACUAUAAUAAUUAUUAUUGCAUUUUUAUCGCGUUCUUCAUUUUUUAAUGCAUAUUGUAUACAGGGUCGCAUUUAAAUCACUAUAAAUGCAAUCCAUAUUUAUUUUAUUAUUAUAUAAACUAAUAAUAAAAUUAAUAUCUAUUAGAAAUUAUGAACGGCGCAAAUAAAACUCGCUUACAUUUGAGACGGACCACAACAAGACAACUCAGAUCGGCUCGAUUCUUUGAAGAGGCUUUUGAUUCCCUUCGAAAUAUAUGCAUCUUAUAUCGCAUAUAGCGCGAGAAUUAUUCAGUUGUUGUCAAAAUGCGAAACAAUAAAAUCAUUACAAAAUAUUGGCGCCCUUGUACAAUAAUUGUGGUCUGGGGAGUGGAAGUGUAAUUACAGGCAAAUGAUACAUUUUCAGCUUACAGUAUCUGAUCGACACUGGCUCGGUGCAAUAAAAUGGCCGUCAUAGUUACCACGUCCUUGGUACAUCGUUUUGCCACGACUAAGAUAUGGUGGGCCGCUUACUUCUUCCAACAUAUAUUUAAAAAAAAAGGCGGGCAGCCAGUUAAUGACACAAGUCUAGUCCAGAGCUUUUUUAUAGUGUUUUACAUGUAACGCUGUAUAAUAUAUGUAUGGUUUUUGCUAUCUGUCAUUAUUUUUCGUUUUUUUUUUUUUUUUUUUUUUUUUUUUAAGAACUGUGUCGUGCCUCUGUCAUCCGACGCUCAUUGUUAUGUAUAACAUUGUCCAACUUCAAUUGGAUGUCUCGUACCAAAUUAAAAAUGUAAUUUAUUUAAUAUUUUUAUUGUUAUUACUCAUAGGUUAAUUAAAUUGUUAAGUGGUGCGUUUACACUGGCGGUAUGGCGCGAAACCUUUUUUACAUCGAAAAUUUGAUAAUUAAACAGAUUUAUUAUUAUUGAGGUUUCAAAUCGACAAAAUGAUAUUAAAUAAUUACCAGUCUGGACUUAUUUCAAUGAUUUAAUUAUCCUUAAAGACAAUUAAACACUAGUGUCAUUUCAAUUUCAAAGUAUAAGAGAUUAUUAGUUCAAUUUUUUUUAACAAUAACAAGCCGUGCUGUCCAGUGCAAACGAACCUGUCGCAAUUAUUAUUGUUAAUAUUAAACUCAACUUUACGUUUAGAUUAUCUUUAUAAAGUGACAGGGGGCGGGAAACUAAAUGACAAUUGACAGAUUGGAACUGUCACUAACGUCACAGCUCUCGCCAUUUUGUCGCUUGUGUUAACAAAUUAUAAUGUCCUUAGAGAAAUUAAAGAUUAAAAGAAUAUCAUAUUUAUAAA